AUGGUGGUGAUUACGUUUAAUCCAGCUCUCGUCAAGGAGUUUGAGUGCCCAAACUGUCCCAACUACAUGCUUCCACCAGUGCCCCAGUGCACAGAAGGGCACAACAUGUGUACAGACUGUUUUAAAAAAUUUGGAAAGUGCACCGAAUGCUCAUCUCCCAUGUCUCACGAAAGCAGCGAAGUGAUGGACGAAAUCGCCGAAUACUUGGAGUUCCCGUGCAAAUUCAGCAAACAGGGUUGCUGCUUUAAGAGUUACUACGACAACGUGUUGGUGCAUCAGGACUUCUGCGGAUACAGCAAGCAACAGCCGAAGACGGUGGUUAAUGCGGAACCGUCGCACGUCAUUACGAAGAAGCCGGUUAGCCGCAAAAAGGAGAAGGUGAAGAAGUUGUACAUUGAGUUGAAUCCUGAGUUGAAGGAGGAUUUUAAGUGUCACUUGUGCCAAUUGUACAUGCUACCUCCCAUACUGCAAUGCACGAAGGGCCACAAUGUUUGCAGGUCCUGCCUGUCGGACAUGGAAAUUUGUUACAUCUGUCUCGCACCGGUUACUCACGACAACUCUCAAGUGGUCGAAUAUAUCGCGGAUAAUUUGGAGUUUCCGUGCAAAUUCGAAAAUUUGGGGUGCCAAUUUAAGGGACAUUUUCGAAAUGUUUUAGAACAUCAGGCCGACUGCGUCCACAACGAUGAUGAUUUGUCGGAAACGACCGUGACCGCUAUUUUUGAAUGUUCCCUAUUUGGCGAAGAUAAUGAUGAAAGUUACGUUAUUCAAAACUUUUUUAAUAUUUGUACGAUUUGA